AUGAGACUUAGACUCCUUUCCGAUGGCCCACCCGACAUCAUUAUUUACAUCCAACAGUUCUUGCAUCCCCUUGACAUCCUCGCACUGCGGCUGACAUGCAAGUCACUCUCUAAAGCUACCCGAGCGCGGUCUGUAUGGAUGAACGCCGUUCACAACGUAUGCAUCACCCAUGGGGCAUUUCUGCCAAGUUUUCCGCUGGAAGAGAUGUCUCUCGAUGAUCUGGAACACACGGCGUUGUCCCCUCGCCGCUUCCAGGCUGUCAUUCAAAAGUACGAUGGCCAUCCAACCGAGCCUCUUCUCACGAGAAAGUUUGUGCCACGCUUGCAACCUCGUCAGUCAGGCGGUGCUGCAAUGAAAACCGCGAUUGACCAGAUGGCUCUCAUUCCUGGUGGUCGUUUCCUUCUGACCUCAACCUACUCUGGCAAUCUUUAUCUCUGGGACCUUGGUUUCAAUGCUGGAUCACACAUGAAGUCGCUCCCCAUUGCGAUGCUUGAAACUAAUGAAGGUUCUCAAGGGGGUUUUGACAUGGAUAACUUCUGGUUUAAUUGCGGACCGAUGGCCAAUUCUGGGGGAAUCUAUGUCGUCGCAGAGUCCAAUUUUAUUGCACGGGACAAUGUCAAGGCUGUUUGUUACGAAAUCUUUCCCAAGUCGGAGUUUCCAAACUUUCAUCGUAUAGGUGCAGCGGCAAUUCCAGGACCAAUAACAUCGGCAUACACUCGACUUUCUUUUGAUUAUUAUGCUUGUUGUCGAGGGUCAUUUUUCACGGUCUGGAAUUUUACGGCCGAUCUUGGCGUUUCCUGGAACCAACACGGUGAUGCUGCAUGCACCGCAGUAUAUACCGCUGGCGACAAUAUCAUCACUUUUCACGCUGAACGUUACCUAUUGUGGAGGCUACCUGACCUUCAGACCCUUGAUGGUGACCUGCUGCCGUGCAUCAUUGAUCAUUCGCCAACAAUGUCGUUCAGUUAUCCUUCUGAUGUUGGGGUCAUCUAUAACGGUGUAGUUUUACCAUCUGUUUGGCUCCCGCAAGCUUCUCAAAAGCACUUUUUGACCUAUCAACGCGAUAUAAUGAUGCACUUCAUCGUCAAAUCCAUCGACACGGUCCAUGAUGCUUCGCUCCCCGAAAUACUUCCUGUGCGUGUUGGAUCCGUGCAAGGUGGUCCGAUCCCCUCACUUGUUCGAGAUCUGAUGGUGACAGAUAAUGGGUUGUUUCAAACAUGGGAAUCAGAUGACAGUACAAAAAUUACAGCCAAUGUAAUUUCUAUGCUGACGCCUCAAAAUCCUACAUAUUCCUCUUUAUCUUCUGUUCUGUGGUCAAGGGAACGGUCGUUGGGUAGCCUGGUGGACUUUGUUGUCUGCACGAUGACGGGACGGGUCGUCAUUCAGCUUCGCCAAAAGAUCGAUGACAACCAUUAUACAGAAAUACAGGUCAUGGAUUUCCUUUUGCCCAAACCUUUCCAGUGA